CUUGUUUCUCACACCUCGCAAGCAUGAUCCGCACCGCAGCAGCACGGCGACUAGUUCGACCUGGACCGAAACAAGCGCCUGGAGCGUCCCUCGGGGCAAUGGGACGUGCCCGCGCGCUGCACGUCCACGCACAUACCUUGUCCUCGCCGACGCCCGCCUCCCUCAAAUCACACCUCGACUCGCUCCCUCUGACAUGGGCGUCGUCCGAGGGGCUCUUGUUCUCAUUCUCGACGUCGCUCCCGGCCGCUUCCAUCGCCCCGCUGCUCGACAUCCUCGCGGCGCACCCAAACGCUGUGGGCUCGUUCCACCUCUCCGCGAGGCAGGUGCCCGAGGUGUCCGUGGCGACUUUCACGCCCGAGCAGGGCGAGGCGCCGGUCCAGAGCUGGCAUCUGAGCGAGACGGGUCGUGCGCCGCCCGCCGUGGGCAAGUGGCAGCGCCCCGGGGCGGAAAAGUACGUCGAGGACGACGCGGGCGACGCAAUCGGCUCGCUUGAGGACCGGCUCAAGGACGGCGGGUGGGACGGGCUGUGGAAGGCCCAGGGGGAGAGCGUCAAGAUUGACAUCAGGAAUCCGAAGUGCGUGAGGACACUGAUCGCCCUGACCGACGCUACGCCAGCACCGACGCUUGCUGCCCUCGACGCAUUGCCAGAAGCCACAAAGCUGGGCUACGUCGCUACUCCGACGCCGUUCCUCACAGGAUACCCAUUUACAUUGUUCCACGGUCGCAAGGUGCUGCAGACCGGCGCUGUGGGGCUCGCUAUCCCUAAACCUGCGGAUGUCGAUGUCGAGUACGGUGUCGAGCCGUUUGGUGCCCCGACCAAGGUUAAGGCCGCCCGAGGCAACCUCCUGCUCACUAUCGAGGGUCCCAACCCCAACCCGACUGCCACGCUCAUCGCCGCCCUCCAUGUCCGAGACAAGGGCAAGGCAACGGGCCUGACCAAGGACGAGAGUUUCUGGCUUCAGAUCCAAGACCCAAAGACCUCCGAUGUGCGGGUGGUGCACAUUCUUUCCGGUGAUCCCAGUCGGGGGGCACUCUCGUUGGACACGGAAAUCCCGCUGGUGCCCGGACAAGACGUUCAGUUUAUGUGCCGCACCGGUGCGAUUCCUCUCCCCGAGCCGCUGGGUGGCGCUCUGCGGUUUGUGGCUCUGCCGCGGACCGACGAGGUCACUGAGACUGCUAGGGAGGCGCAGCCACAUGCCGCCGACGGCUUCCUGGUGGCGUCAGAAGGUGGCUUUAUCUGCAGCCCAUCUAGGCUGCCGACAGCAGUGAUCACUGUCGCUGGAGCCGCGGGGACUGCGGGAUGGUGAGGGCACUUUGGCGGGGACGCCAGUGCGCCGGUGCCGCCGGAUGCUAGUCUGUACACGUUUAGAUUCUUACAUACGAUCUCGCUUGAAGCAGCAAAUCAGCGCGCGCGCGUCGCACACGACGACGCGACGACGGGCAAACCAUUCAGAU